AUGGCCUCAAGAGCAGAACUUCUUGCUUGGUUGAAUGACCUUCUUCAAAUUAACUACACGAAAAUUGAACAAUGUGGUACAGGUGCAGCUUAUUGUCAAAUUAUUGACUCAAUCUAUGGAGAUCUACCAAUGUCAAGAGUCAAGUUCGGCGCGAAACACGAAUACGAAUUCAUUGCAAACUUCAAAGUGAUGCAAAAUGUGUUCAAAGCAAAGAAAAUCGACAAGCCAAUACCAGUGGAAAGACUUGUCAAAUGCAAGAUGCAAGAUAACCUCGAAUUUCUCCAAUGGAUAAAACGAUUCUGGGACACAAAUUAUGGUGGACAAGGCUACGACCCAGUCUCCCGGCGUAAAGGCGUAGCAGACAUUCCUGCUACUGUCGGUCCUUUGUCUACCGGCGGCAGCCGCACCGGUGGUCUCAAUGUCGGUGGCAGUCGGGCGGGUGGUAGAACACCUGUUUCUGGUCAUCGCUCGGGAUCGGCACAACCGAAUGAGGCUGUCCAGCACCUUACUGCUCAAUUGAAGGAGAUGAGUGGGCAUUUUGAGGGGCUAGAGAAGGAGAGAGACUUUUACUUCGAAAAGUUGCGGGAAAUUGAGAUACUUGUACAAGAACACUUAGAGGGUGAGGGUAAUCCAGACGACCCUACGUUGCGAAAAAUCCAGGCUAUACUUUAUUCAACAGAGGACGGAUUCGAGGUUCCUGAAGGUGGAGCUGUAGUUGACGAGGAGGAAGAAACAUUCUAG